UAAAAUAUGCCUCCCCUCCCUUGCUGGCCCUUUAAUUGUUGGGUGUUUAAUUGCCAAUUUUGGACAAAUUAGGGAAGUGUUGACUCUACCAAAUUCGAAUAAUGGAGGGACUUUAAUUGUUGAAAUUGCUUUUCUUGUUGUAAUUAUUCGAGCAAUGUUGGGAAUUAAUUCGUCUUCUCUUUUGCAUAAUUUGUCACUCAUUUGCUUGUUAGGCAUUCUCUGCCCUCUAAUUGAAUGUUUAAUUGUUUUACUGGCCGCUACACUUUUAUUUAAAAUUAAUUUAUCAAUUGCUAUACUUUUUGGUUUUGCAAUUUCUGCCUCUUCUCCUCCAGUUAUUGUACCAACAAUUAAACGUUUGGAAGAAAAACAAUUUACAAAUAAUGACGAUUCUGGAAUUCCAACAAUUAUUUUAUUCAGGUUUUUUUGAGUUAAGGGGAUCGAGACAGGGAUAAGGGGAUCAAAGAUUUU